ACGGAAGUGAAAAAAUGUCAUAUCUCAAUCUCAGCAGGAAUUAUACAUACAGCGAUCUAGACCAAGCAUACAAGCAGGCCAUCAAGAAGUACCAUCCCAUAAGAACGAAGACCAGCACGCACCUCUACAAGAUUACAAGUGAGUACAAUUACAAAAAGAAUCAGUUGAAGUAUAACGAAUAUAGCGUAAGGGAGGUUAGUGUUGAUGAGAUUGAGAGAGCGCUUUGCCAAUGCGGACACAGGUAUGACUUGGAAAUGGAAAAUGAUGAUAUUGUGGAGUGCUGCUGGUGUAGUCUAAAGGUAAAGAUAGUGGGUAGGAAUAGGCUUGAAUAGCAAAAUAAACGAAUUGCUGCAGG